UCCACGUCGCGGUUCCACGUGCUUCACGCUGUCCACCAUGCCAACCUUACCUGAAGACAAGGGACAAUCAAAAGAGGCACAACACCACAGUUCUCCUCCAGCCAAAGACACUACUGUUGAAGGGACGACAUGCAGUACACCUUCUAUUGUUCUUCCAGAGAAUGCUGUUACGCCAGAUGUAGAAUUCGAUAAAAAUCUGGUUAACAGGCCUCGUAGUCCUCAUAGGAGACAUUCUAACCGUACCACUAGGAAUCCAACAAAUUCAUUGACUUCCGUUGACAACAGUGGUCAUGUGAUUGAUCUGGUAAAUGAUCAGCUACCAGAUGUCAAAAUAUCAGAAGAAGACAAAAAGAAGAAUCUUGAAUUACUAGAAGAAGCAAAGAAAGUAAGCGAACGAUUUCUAAUGCGCAGAGGCAGAAAGUCAAGAAGCAGCCUUCCGGAGUCACCAACAGCAGUUUCCCCUACACUUAGUCCUAAAGUUUCACCAGUAGCAUCUCGGAGCAACUCUCUCACUCUUCCACUUCCAUCAGGGUCUGAUGUAUGCACAACCACUAGUGUUGAGUCAGUAUCUCCAGGGCAGAAUAACAGAACUGUGAAAGAGGAUGAAAGGCAAACUGCAGAGAAUGCUGCAAAAGGAUUAAUUGAUCGAAGACAGAAUGAUCAAAGAAAGAUUUCUCAGGGAAGGUUGGUUCCUCGUUCUGCUGGUUUUGAAAACUCCAAAGAGAAGCUCUCAGAACAAAAAGAAAACUUUGAUCCACGUAAACAUAUGGAUACUUUACCUAAGUGCUCCCCUUCAGGUGGUGAUGGUGGCAGAAUGUCUCUUAACACUUGCAUGAAUGUUUGUGAAAAUGAACUUGGAAAAUCAUUCCUCAAGAAAGCAAAGGAAAAUGAUGUUCCUUUAAGAACCCAUCUACCAGGACCAGGAAUAGGAAAUAUAGACUCAAAGCUAAAAAUUCCUGUUCCAGAAAUGAGGGACCAUAAAGUUUCAUGUAAACCAGAAUUUAAACUGUGUGGACUGCGUCCUCCUCUACUACGGGCUGUAUCAUGGGAUAGCUUGGAGCCUGGACAGAAAGAUAAAACACCUUUAAAAUUACCAUCUGAGGAAGAUAAAAGCUUUGUUGUUGGUAAUAAAUCCAGCAAUCAAUUAAAAGCAUUCAAAGACCUUCAAAUCCAAGUUCAACCGGUUCGAAUGCAGAAAUUGACAAAGCUCAGAGAGGAGCAUAUUUUGAUGAGAAAUCAAAAUUUAGUCGGACUUAAACUUCCUGAACUUAGUGAAGCAGCUGAACAGGAGAAAGGCCCUUCACCUCUCCCCUCCCCCACUGAAGAGGAAGAGACGAAGAAUAGCUCUGAUGUCAUGCCCAGCAUUCCUGAUGUAUUGCUGCGAAAACUACGAGUGCACAAAUCGCUUCCAGGAAGCUCCCCUCCACUUACUGAAAAAGAAGUUGAGAAUGUAUUUGUACAGCUUUCCUUGGCCUUUAGAAAUGAUAGUUAUACCUUGGAAUCUAGAAUUAACCAAGCAGAGAGAGAGAGAAAUCUUACUGAAGAAAAUGCUGAGAAGGAACUGGAAAACUUUAAAGCAGCCAUUGCG